AUGCAGAAAAGUCGUGUAACUACUUCGGGCCCGGAAAUCGGGAUCCAGAAUACGUUCGAGCACAUAGUUGGACCGGAUGUUGAAGCCGAUCUUGAAGUACGGAUCUCUUCAAAGAAUUGCCCAUUAAUACAUCUUAAACCGAGCUCAUCAGAUGAUAUUAUUCUGCAACCUCUGUCAGUUAGCACUGAUAAUAGUAGAUCAAGAUCUUUGCCGCCAGAGCAGACGGGGCAGCAGAUCUAUGAGAAGGUGCAGCACGGCCAGUUUUCCAUUCUAAAUCCGAAACUACAGGCACCACAGGCACCACAGCCACCAACCUCAGCCAAACAGGCACAACUUGAACUUCUGCGUGCACAAAAGAGUUUCUGUUGCUUUCCAUUUGUACUCCGUUAUCCGUACUCCAUUCAUGGAAAGCCAAUUACCAACCUCACCCUGAUUAAUUUUAACGAGUUGCGUGACUAUACAGAAAAUUGCAAGCUCAGUGCUGCAAUCCCCCAGAAGCGGGCAGCCGCAGCAUCAGGGACAAGAUUGCGAACCAAAGAUGCUGCAACGGGUUGA